GACAGCGACUUCUCAACCACCAACGUAAAUGACCAAUACGUACUAAUUUCACCCAUAUCAUACCUGUUACUGAAGUUGCCAAAAGGGUAAAUGAGUCUUGACACUGUCCUCGUGGUCCUUGUUUUUCAACCUUUUCCCAGAGAAUCUCGAGCUUUAACACCAGCAAAGCAGCUACGCCAUUUACUCCUUUGUACUAUUUCUGGCACCUUCUUUGCUUCCCAACCACCCAGUCACCCUUCAAAUACUUCCAACACUCCAGAAAAGAGACCACAAAGCAUCGAAGAGAAACCCUAUAAAAUUUGGGGGAAACUCAAAUCCCGCAAAUCCACGCCUUCUUCUUCAAAUGGCUGCUCGAAUCCUUCAGUGGUGGACGAUUUGAAGGCUGCGAAUGUUCCAGGAGAUGUCGAGAAGAAAGAAUCGGCGAUGGUGGUACAGGGCUCGAUCUUCGUCGGACAGAGGAGGCUGAAGAAAUCGCCCUCCCCUCGAGGAAUCGAUAUCGCGCUUUCCGUCUUCCCCGCUUCUCGUGUUGCUGAGGGCCUUCACCAGCGCCGAAUCGAAGGCCCCAUGCUCGAGUAGAGGAGAAUCACCAGCGCCGAUAGCCUUCUUCGUCGGGAGACUGUUUAGGGUUCUUCCUCUCCUUUGCUCAAUUCUCUCUCUUCGAUAGUAAGAUAAGGUAAAUGUGGUGGGUGAAAUGGCCGACCCAAAUUUACCUUCUGAUUUGAUUUUAGUUUUUUAAAAUAUGAAAUAAAUAAAAAGCCACGUCGCAAUUAGAAAGAGCCACGUCCGCUUACACAUCAGCGCUGAUCUGUCAUUCCGUUAAAAUUUAACGGUCAACAAAAGUCAACGAUAACAGAAUCAUAGUUCAGGACACAGAUGGAAUAUUGAAAACAAUAGGACACAAGUGGCAUUUUUGGAAUAGUUCGGGUGUUGUAGUGGUAUUAGCCCUUUUAAUUAAAAUCCCUCAUUGUCCAGAAUUUUAAACAAUUCUACGUUUGGGAAGGGAUCCAUAAAACGUGGGAUUCUCCUCAUGAGUGAUUUUGGAAACCCACAAGUGCAGGAUUUCAAAAUAGCUGAUGGGGGUCAGCUAUUUUGAAAACCCUCACUAUUUUUUUAUCUGUUCCAAAUUUAUCCUUCUAUCCUUGACCACUUCGUUCUUCUUCACCUAUAUUUAUCGGCGGCCCAACCUCACCGUCGUUGCCCUCUCUCCCCAAAAUUGACCAAGCCUGUUGUCGGCCCAAUCCAUAGCCGAAGGAGGAGUUCAGGCGAUGACUUCUCGACAACUGUCGGCUACGACACCAACAAUGACAGAGCCACAAACGAAGACUCCCCGUAUCGAUUCCAGAUCUAGGGUUCUAAAUCUCAAAUUUGCAGGUAUGGUGGAUUCGUUUUUGGGGGGUGUGAUACAGUGGGAGAGAGGCUUUGAUUUUGUGGUUCUCUGAAGAAAGAAGAAGAGAUCGAAGGACUGAAGUAUCCCUUCCGAUUUCCCAUCAGAACUCAACAACAGAAUCCGUUGACAGUCGCCCUUAUUCAAGUUCUGGGUUCAUUCCAGAUUUUCUUACACCAGCUUAAAGGAAUCGUCGUCGCCACAGUCGCUUGCAUAAUUUAUUUGGCAGCUGAGAAACUAACAGAAGAAGAAAUAAUUAAGCUUGUGUUGUUUCGCUGGUCGUUUCUGGGUUUCUUCAAUGAAUGCGAAGAAGAAAGAAAUAGGCAAAAGUGUCUUUUUGCCUUUUUAAUUGAAAACCUGCAUAAAUUACCAAACGCAUGAUUCGGCCAAAAUCCGGGAAGUGAAAUAUCUGGGUUUCUGGAUGCGGGUUUUCGGGCCCAAAUCCCUUAUUAAACAAUCCUUGAUCCAAACAACCCCAAAGAGUUUUGGGAAUCUGCCACUCCUGCAAUCUUAUUUAUUUUUUUUCAAAACACCUUGGAUCUAGGAAGAGCACUUGUGAAUCACUAAUGAUUAGAGGUGGUAAUUAGAUCGGAUUCGUGGAUUGGUGGAUCCAUGGAUCAAAUGGAUUGGAUCCAAUGGAUUGGUGGAUUGAUCCAUGAAUCCAAAUAACAUCCAAAGGUUGGACCAAAAUGUAAAAUUUGAAAAGUUUUGGUAUUAAAACGUCAUAAUGAAA